AUGAACCGCCUUGACACCAACGACGAGGAUGCUCUCAUCCAACAAACAGCAAUACCACAACCAUGGCAAACGUCACUUACAACUAUCCUUCUCUUAGUUGCGGCAUACUAUGUAUGGCCUUACCUCGUAUACAACACGACUAUCAAGCGGCGCAUAUACGAUUUCUGCAACUCAAUAGUGCCAACACGAUCUCUCCACGUCGUGGAGAAAGUCGCAGCACGAAUCUCUGCCUUACCGAAAGAUUCGCCCGGCGACAGCGUGGCGGGCAGAACCAAUCCCUUGACUAGGUUUUACGAAGGAUCUGGCACUUCAGCAGUGGUGCAAAGAGCAAGAAGCCUUUCGGGGUUCGAUAAAGUGGCAGCCGAAAUCUCCUUCUCGGGACUUGGAAAUUGGGACAACUCAUGCUUCCAAAACAGCGUCCUCCAGGGUCUAGCGUCUUUACCGAUGUUUCGAGAUUUUGUGAACAAGAAUUGGGAUAUGAGUGAGGCAGCAGGACUUAGUGCUCCAACAUAUCGAGCGUUGAAAGACUUUUUAGGUCAGCUGCUACAGGAAGUGGAUGGUAAGAAUAUUUUGUGGCCACCCUCAACUCUCAGAUCAAUGAACACAUGGCAACAGCAGGAUGCGCAAGAGUACUUCUCGAAGAUUAUGGAUGCGACAGAGAAAGAGGCUGUCAAAUACCAGCGGACCAUGACUAAGCGGAUGGCACCUGCCCUCGACUGCCUGUCCCUGUCGACGUUCCACGAAGAAACACCAAAAACGAAUCCUAAAGCCAAUGCUGGGUGGUUGGACAACUACAGAUCAGCUUGCUUCUCCCUUCAAGACAAUCCCCUUGACGGCACUAUCUCCCAAUCCUUAAGGUGUCAAACUUGCAAAUUUUCUGAAGGACUAUCACUGAUCCCGUUCAACUGUCUUACUCUCAACCUUGGACUUGGUGGUGAUUGUGACGUGGAAGACCUUCUAGAUGCGUACACAGCAUCUGAGCUGAUCGAGGGAGUUGUGUGCGAUGAGUGUACAAAGCAAGCCCAACCCGCACCUUCACACCUCGAAGAGUCAAGUGACGGCCAGAUGGUCUCGGAGUCAAGUUCAAAGGAAACCAAAGUACUCCGAACCAAAGAGAAGCAGAUCCUCUUUGGCCGGCUUCCGCAAGACCUCGUUUUACACAUCAACCGCAGCAUCUUCGACGACUGGGGCAACCAGAAAAAGAACGUUGCAUACGUCAGGUAUCCUUCGAUGCUCAGAAUCGGACCUGACUGGAUGGAGAAGUCUCUCAUCGAUAAAGAUACUGACGUGCAGGCUGUUUACGAGCUACGUUGUAUCGUCACUCACCAAGGUCGACACGACAAUGGUCACUACGUUGCCUGCGGAAAGCGUGGCAAGCAUUGGUAUUCCUUCAACGAUGAGGUGGUCACAAAACUUUCGGAAGAGCAAGUGCUUGCCAGAGGAAAUGUCUUUAUGCUCUUCUACGAGCAGGUGAAUCGACAGCCCAUGCUCGAGGUCUCAAUCCCUGAUAGCACUUCUUCGGAGGAUUCAUGUCAAACACCUGAUUUCCAGCCUUCUCACGCAUAUCCAGGUCUAGAAAAUACUCGGACCUCUGCUAAAGCUGCUCAACAGAGUAUAGUGGCAUUCACCCAAUCAUAUGACGUCAUUCGAUCGCAGCUUCCGAAUGUUCAGAGGGUGAACGCAUCCGCGGCUUGA